CGGUGAGUUAGUCAAGGUCUGAAUUUGAGGCCAUAAAAGUCGGCUCCGAGAGCACCGAUUGGUAACAGGGCUCACGGGUGUCCCGUUCGCUCCAGGUAUUUGCUGAAUAUUAUCGACAGCUACCAGCUGUUGAGUACAGUGAUAUAGGACUUCAGUCGUCGGCAGCCAAUUCGGUUAGGCGUCCCGCAUGCCUAGGUACCUGUCCUUGCCAGGGAGUGUGCUAUGUACAUAGCAUGCAAAGUCCCCAGAACCCCUGUAGCUUGAUGCGGGAGUGUGGCACAGGAAAUCCUCAAUCUGCAAGCGAAAUAUUGCCAUGUGGUCAGACGAGCGGUAUUCUCGCUACAUAAGGUGCGGCACCAUGGUUCAGGCCUCUUUACUUCUGUGCUUUCCGAUCUUUUUGGCAUUUCCAUCCAUUUCGCGCGCAGGUUUAGCUGCGAGCGAGGAAAGGAAAACAAAAUAAAAAAUGGCCGUCGGCCAGAACCUCGGCCCACUAACCGCAGCAGCCGCGCUACCUUCUGCCUGUGCCAACGAACUCGACCUGGUCUACAAAGUUGUUCCCUCUGCUGGUUUCUACUAUUUACUCAACGGCCCUUUUUCAGCGACCUCGUGUUACCCUAGCGGUUACGCUGGACUCACCUCGCAAUAUUACUCCCCAGCUCCAUCAUGUCCGUUCGGGUACACGUCUGCGUGUGGCAGCAUAAACGCAAUUGACACCGUCACGGAGACAGUAUAUACAUGCUGUCCAACUCAAUUCGAAUAUGUAUGCCAGACCUCUGUUUAUUACGACUGGGAGACGACGUUAGGCUGCGUGUUUCACGUGGACACUGCGCUCACCACUGCCUGGACAGUGAUUGAGAUUGAAAGUGGCAUAACGGAAACAAAAACAAGCACCGGCUAUGCAGGUGGCAUGAACGCGUACAGUGUUCAGGUUCGGUUCCAGGCCAGUAACCUCGUCACUUCGACAUCCAGUAGUUCUGUUACCUCGACGGGUUCUCGCACGAACUCAGCAGAUGCGGUGACGAAUACAUCGAGUUCCAGUGCGAGUGCGAGUGCGAGUGCGAGUGCGAGUGCAGUAGAGAACACAUCCGGCGGUGGGCUGACCGCUGGUGCAGCAGCAGGCAUCGGCGUCGGAGCGUUCGCUGCACUGCUCGCUAUCGUCAUUGCAAUAAUUUUUAUUUUCAGGCGACGGAAGCGGCAGAGACAGAUGCAGUUUGCGCAACCCACCUACCAGCUAGAUAGCAACCCGGCCCCUACCCCGAAAUACGCCGCUGAAGUCUACAAUGCACCGCGAGAGAUAUACGAAGCCCCGGAUAUGCAGUACCACACUCCAAAGACCGUGCAUGAGAUGGACGGGACAGCCUGGACGAGGGCUACGUAGGAAGACAAGAAACAGCGAAUUAGUAAUCGAUAAUCAAAAUAGUGGAGGAUUUGCGUGUCCAUGACAGUUGUGAACAGCCUACGCUCAUGUUCCACGGGACGCAAAGCAGCCUUUAUCCACUCGACGCUUGGCUGAAGCCCACACAGUCGAACCCAACGUUAUGUGUCCAAAAUGUCCCUUACAAGGAAAGAGGACCAGGUAACCUGGAGUCAAGGCUACUACUGAAGUACACGA